AGCCUAGUGAUGUAACUCAGUCUAAGGCAGUUCCUCAUGUUCCUGUUUAGUGAGGGCCAUAUAGCUCAGUGGGUAGAGCAUCUGCUUUGCAUGCACAAGAUCCCAGAUCCAAUAGGUCUCCAGGCAGGGUUGGGAAAGAGAUUCCUUGUCCCAAACCCUGGAGAGCUACUGUCCGUCAAGGUUGGCAAAACAAUGGGUCUGGUUGCAAGGCAGCUUCCUAUGGAAAUGCUGUCAGCUUGAAGCAACAUUGAUGGGCGCAGAGCUCUUACAUCCAAAACAGAAACCCAAAUCUAGCCCUGGCAUGCUAUGCAAAGUUCCCAGCAGUCCGUAAUGAUAGGUGCGCCCUGAGGACCGUGCUGCACCUUUAAAUGGUAAUCAGAAUGGCAUUCCUUCAAGCAGCUAGUUUUGCAUUUGUGGAAAUGCCUGCUGAUAGUUUCUCUUGCAGAAAACCCUCCAAGUUAGUACCAUACAGUGGUCCUGUUCUCUCCCCUCCCCAUCUUGUGUGCAACCCUCUUUUCUGAAUCCAGCAGCAUCAUUUUAAACGUUGCUCCGAAAAAUGCCUUGCCAAUCCUUUCGAGAUAAAAUGUGUUUUCUCUUCAAUUUACCAGCAAUGUCCCGUUUCAGAGCACCAGAAAGCAAAAAGAAAAACUAGUUCAGAGCCAGUCCUUUGUUCAGUCAGAGGCAUGGCUAGUAUAGAGUUUGCAUAGUAAGGAAGGGUUGUAGAUCAGCAGUAGAGCAUAUCUGCUCUGCAUUUAGAAAGUCCCAGAUUUGUUUCCAGUAUCUCCAGGUAUAACUGGGAAUGUGCCCUGUCUGAAACCAUGCAGAGAGGCUGUGAGUCACGGCUACCCAGUGGUUCCUAAACGAUUCCCCACUAUGGACCACUUGAAAAUGGCUGAGGGUCUUCUGGCACCAAUUAAUGGUUUUUCUGCGUCUUGUAGAGAAUAUACUUUUGCUAGAUACUGCCAUUUUUAAUUGUGUUUUUUGUUGCUGCUUUCAUUUCUUCUGUACUGUUGUGACCUCAGAAGUCAAACGCCUUGCAAGUAGAACGUUUUGGCUCCCGAAACCUGGAAGUGAGUGUUCCGGUUUGCGAACGUUCUUUGGAACCCGAAUGUCCAACGUGGCUUUGGUGGCUUCUGAUUGGCUGCAGGAGCUUCCUGCAGCCAAUCGGAAGCCGUGCCUUGGUUUCUGAAUGUUUUGGAAGUUGAACAGACUUCCAGAACGGAUUCCUUUAGACUUCCGAGGUACGGCCGUAUUGUAUUUUGUUGUGCUAUAGCUGGAACAGCAGUACAGUAAGAUGCAAUAAAAAGUUCAGUUAAAAACAGAUAAAAAUAUUUCUUCAACCGUAAAUCCACAGGUGUCGCAGGCCACCUGAAUGAAGCUUGUGGGCUGCUGACUGGAAAGCCAAGGGGCGACGGCAGUCCUGAGCAAGAUGAACCGGUAAUCUGAUUCCGUACGAGGAAAUUUCCAUCGCUCGAUAGUAAGAGCAUCUGCUUUGCAGACAGAAGGUCCCCCAGUCCAAUCCCAGGCAUCUCCUGGCAGGAUGGGGAGAGACCUUUCUGGAAAACCCUGGAGAGCAGCUGCAAGUCAGUGUCGACAAUACUGAGCUAGAUGGGCCAAUGGUCUGGCUCUGUAUAAGGCAGAUUCCCAUGUAUGCAACUCUCUGUGGAAAGUGAUAAUUGGAUUUGGUCGAAUGAUUAAAAGGAAAUAAUUUCACAGCCUUCCCUUUAUGAUCCAAUCGAAAUAUUUCCCCCCCCCCCAGGGACAGGGAAAACCUCUGGCCCUCCAGAUGUUGCCAGUCUACAGCUCCCCUCAUCCAUCCUUGACCAUGCUGGCUGGGGAUUUACUCAUCAGUAAAUCCCACUGCACUCACUGGAUUGCUAGGGACAGUCCCAUUGAUUUUAGUGAGAGAAUUAAAUACAUGUUUGUUAAAUGCAUGUUUAUUAAAUGUGCAGUCCACAAACGAUGCAGUUAAGUAAUUUUGAAUUCUGGGUUUAAUGGCCUCAUGGGUGCCCCUCUUUAGAUGCUAAUGUGCUUUACUUCCUUAUUUCAAUAUGCAGUAAGGCAGCCCUGGUGUGUUUGGGGACCCUUCUGCCGAGUGGGGACCCUGGGCUUAAGCCCCAAAAUCCUGCCAUGAGGACCCCACUGUUGCAAAUUUUUGUGCAAGUUUUCUUGGGAAUAAGCCCAAAAAGUCCAAUGUAACUCCAGUAGGGAUGAAACAGGGUUGUUUCCUUCCACAAUAUCCUCUGUAAUUUAUUACAUUGUCGCUCAAUCUUGGGGGGGCCCCUUCCAGUCGUUUCUGUACUACAGCAACAAACACCACCCCAUACCCAUUGGCUAAGCUGGAUGAUGCCAGUUGUAGUCCAACAACAUCUGAAUUGUUGGCGUCCAGUCUGUCUCAAGGGACAAGGGAGUGUGCCUCUGGGAGUGAAGUCAAACUGCUAUGUUAGCAACACCAAAGUGAUUUCUCCAAGGUGCAAUCCUGGGCGGUGUGUCAGGAGGUCCUGGGCUGCCCAGACCACAAGACCCCUCUCUCAGCUUCACUGAUGCGGUCCAAAGGAAAGCAGAGCAAGAAUCUGGGAAUAUGGGAGCUGUAGUCCAACAACAUCUGGGAACAUGUAUUAAAACCAGUGUUCCCCCAACUUGGGUCUCCAGCUGCUCUUGGACUGCAACUCCCAUCAUCCUUCGCUAGCAGAACCAGUGGUCAGGGAUGAUGGGAAUUGUAGCUGGAGACCCAAGUUGGGGGAACCCUUUACUAGUAUUCCUUUUCAAAUGGACCUUUUGUUUCCUCUUUCCCCGCCUGGAAAAGGUUUCCGUGUCGCUUAGUCUCUGCAGAAUGCGCCCCGCCGGCUUCAGUUCCGCCGGCCGACGGACGGGGGCAGCCGGGGGCUGCUUUGCGCCGCGUCUCGCCUCCCUUCCUCCUUCGGGACGCGAGAGGGAGCGAAAGAGCUUCCCCCGCCCCCUUGGCCCCGGCAGGAGGAGGCGGGCCGUGACGCCGGGCUCGUUUCUCCCCCCUGCAGGCCGGCCUAUAGAAAUAGCCGUGCCGGGCAGCCGCGAGUCACUCGUAGCGCUGAAUGAACCCGACGCGGAGCGCAUCUAUUAAUCUGAUCGCAAAGAGAAGGGCAUUUAAGGACUAGCAACCUCGCUAUCCUGCUUUGCAAGGGAUUGCUCCGAUUCUUGACCGGGGAUCGAAGAGAGAGCCGUCCUUCCUUUCAAUCCAGCAGGGGGAGGGGGGGGAGUUUCUUUUUGAAAAGGUUUAGAUACAUAAAUUUUUUAAAUUGCGUUACAGCCUAGACGCCUUAAGAGACAACAGGAGUCCCCCGAUUCCUGGAAAAGGAAGCGAGGCAGACCCAAAAGAUAAUACUAAAAAGGAAAGAGAAAGGGAUUUUUCCCUUUGUUUUAUUCUCUCCACUACCACUCACGUCUCGCCUUCCCUCCGGCCGCCGCGUCCUCAACCCAAGGUAGAACCGGGGCACGUCAACAGCUUCGCUUUAAAAAUGCCCAUGGAGCUAACGCAAAGCCGCAUCCAGAAAAUUUGGCUCCCGCCUGACAAUCACCCGGCGCUGCCCCAUAGAUCAUGUGGCCCGCAGCUCACCAAUUCCCCCACUGUGAUCGUCAUGGUCGGCCUCCCGGCUCGUGGGAAAACCUACAUUUCCAAGAAGUUGACCCGCUACCUCAACUGGAUCGGCGUCCCGACAAAAGUGUUUAAUGUCGGGGAGUAUCGCCGCGAGGCCGUCAAGCAUUACAGCUCCUACGACUUCUUUCGUCCUGAUAAUGAGGAGGCCAUGAAAGUCCGCAAGCAAUGUGCCUUAGCCGCCUUGCGAGAUGUCAAAGUGUACUUGUCCGAGGAAGGUGGCCAGAUUGCGGUUUUUGACGCUACAAACACCACACGCGAGAGAAGAUCUAUGAUCUUGCAUUUUGCCAAAGAAAAUGGUUUCAAAGUGUUCUUCAUCGAAUCCGUCUGCAAUGACCCGUCUGUCGUCGCUACAAACAUUAUGGAAGUCAAGUUGUCCAGCCCGGAUUAUAAGGACUGCAACUCUGCUGACGCGAUGGAAGAUUUCAUGAAGAGAAUCAGCUGCUACCAAUCGAGCUACCAACCUAUGGACCCAGACGACUACGACAGAGACCUGUCGCUCAUCAAAGUGAUUGACGUUGGCCGGAGAUACCUUGUGAACAGGGUGCAGGACCACAUCCAGAGUCGAAUCGUCUACUACCUGAUGAACAUUCACGUCCAGCCUCGCACCAUCUACCUGUGCCGGCACGGCGAGAGCGAAUACAACCUCAAGGGAAAGAUUGGGGGAGACUCUGGGCUCUCCUGGAGGGGAAAGAAGUUUUCCAGUGCGCUGAGCCAUUUUGUCCAGGAGCAGAACCUGAAAGACCUCAAAGUUUGGACCAGUCAGCUCAAGAGGACCAUCCAGACGGCAGAGGCUCUCGACCUGCCCUACGAGCAGUGGAAGGCCCUGAAUGAAAUUGACGCUGGUGUGUGCGAAGAGCUAACCUACGAUGAAAUCAAGGAAAAGUAUCCGGAAGAAUUUGCUCUGCGGGACCAGGACAAAUACUAUUACCGCUACCCAUCGGGAGAGUCCUACCAGGAUCUCGUACAGCGCCUGGAGCCCGUUAUCAUGGAGCUGGAGAGGCAGGAGAACGUCCUCGUCAUCUGUCACCAGGCCGUGAUGAGAUGUCUCUUGGCCUACUUCCUUGACAAGAGUGCAGCGGAAAUGCCUUACUUGAAAUGUCCUCUCCACACAGUGCUGAAGCUGACCCCUGUGGCGUAUGGCUGCAGAGUUGAAUCCAUCUGCUUGAACAUUGAGGCUGUGAACACCCACCGGGACAGAACAGAGGUGAGGGGCUUCUGGCCUCCCGUUGGGGCCCCCUCUUCCUCCCCCUGUGUAGUUGGAAAGGAGUUGGGUAGACACCUGUGUUGUAGGAAACCGCUCAAAGAUGGACCCCCUCUUUUUGAUGCAAAGAAGGGAUCUAACACCCUCAUGAGACGCAAUAGCGUCACCCCUCUAGCGAGCCCAGAGCCCACCAAAAAGCCUCGCAUCAACAGCUUUGAGGAGCAUGUGGCUGACUCUGCUUCCGCUGCCCUGCCCAUCUGUAUGCCCCAGGAGGUGCCCGCCCAGAUGCCCGGACAACCUUUACUGGGGAAGGCCUGCCUAACAUGAGCACGACCCGCACACAGUCUUUGAUUUCUCCAGGCGAUGUUUAGGAAGGCGGAAGAGCGCAGACGGAAGGGAAACUCAGCCCGCUUGCGUCGCCCCACUCCGAAGCUUGCGUCUGCCGUGUGUCUCUCCAUUCAAUGCGAGGCUGUCCCUUCUCGAUCUCCAUAAGCUGAUCAUCUGCCUGUUGUGUAUCGGACUCUGUUGCGUAUCGGACUCGACACGAUGGUGUUUCUUGGGGUGGGGUGGGGAAUAGGGAUACACAAGAGGAGAAGGGGAGGAGAAGGAACAAUGCAAUACAGAGGAGGAUCAUGAAGUUGGUUGCUUUCCCCCACCACUUUCUGAGAUUUUGGUAGACUAAAGAGUCGUCCUCUGCAGCAUCCUGGCGUCCCAGAGUCGUUUUAUUAUUAUUAUUUCUAAAGUGACACAGUUGCCUUGCAGAGAAGAAGAAGAAAAAAACCUGGACACUGUGCUGCUUUCUCAGCCUUUGUAAAUAAAUGGAUGUUGGUUCUUGGGGGUCUGUGUGGAGUGGGGUGGGGGCAUGGGAAGCAUAAAAGCACCUUCCUUUUGUGACACCUGCAUGUAUGCUUUUAAUUUUGCCACUUUGCACGUCUCUCCCUCUCCUUUUUUUUUUUUUACAGCUACGAAAAAACAAAGCACCCAGCCACCCACACCCCUGAUAUCAAAGAGGGAUGUAAGGAUAGUUCUGUUGUCCUUUUGCAGCUGGUUCUGAAGCCACUUGCUGGCACCAUAGCCCCAUGUCUUUGUUAGGGUGGCCGAGUGUGAUUUUAACAGAGUGGGAAAGUGUUAGGAGUGUGGGGCUUUACAAGCCACGCUUAGGAUUAGCGGCACAGGGGUAAGUAUCCUGCUGCCGGACUACAACUCCCAUCACCCCUUCCCUUUGCCUUUGUUUGCCUGGGCUGGUGGGAGUUGUAGUCUGACAAUAUCCUGACGGUUGCCCAUGGAGUGGAAGAGCGAGCAAUGACCCCGUAGGGAUAAAGGGGGCAGGUCAAUUUCAGAAAGGAGGGUCAGCAAUGGCUGCAGUGCCUACUUUUGGCCCAUGACAAAAUCCAUGUGUUUUAAAAAAUUAGGAGCUGCUCUUGACUGUGUCUGACCACUGAGAAGUUUUACUGGGGGCGUCCGUAGCAUGCAAGGUGGGUUCUCUGUGUGUGCAAGCAGUUGAAAAGACGCUUCUGCUCUUUGUAUUUUGGAAAAGCAUUGGGUGGUUUUGAGCGUUGUCAUGCACCUGUUGGAACGAACGGACAUGACUUAACUUCUCCUCAUUUCAGUGUGGCUAACCUGGAAUCAAACCCCAUUUUCUCCUUUUGAGUGUGUGGGUUCUCCUAUCCCCCCCAGCCCCUUCUGCUAGGAUUUUUUAUCAGGGGAAGAGUGGCUUUAUUUUGCACAUAGCAAGUGGUAUGUUUUCUCCUCUCCCUUCCUGCCCCAACUUAAGUGUGGUUUGCAUUUACCUUCCGUACUGAAAAAAAACACUUUUACGCAAACUCAUCUUUUGCUUGGUUUUAUAUAGCAGGAAUUCGGGGGGGAAAUAUAACAGGAUUCCUUUGCUUACGAGAAGGAAAUCCUGGAACAAACUUAAAUUAUUCCUGCUUCAGGAAUUUUGAAUGAAAGAGGGAAAAUGUGGACCUUGCCUGUGUGUGUCCUUGUUGUGUGUGUGUUGAUCUGCCCUGGAGUGGGGAGGCACGAGAAGCGGGGGGGGGGGGGGUGUCACACUUGCGAUAGUUACAGGUUGAUUGGGGAAGGUGAUUGAAAACCACACCAACAUCUCAUUCUCUUGGUUGUGUUUUUCCUUUGAUACUUGAAUUUAUAUUAUCAUUUUUUUAAUAGCAAAGUGCUAUUUAUUUAUUUAAGGGAAGUUGCAGAGCUGAGAGGAGGUCCCCCCCCCCACCUUGACUUGUGUGAUGUUAAUUCUGUAUAUAUGUAUGUAACUGGGUUUUUGAGGGUUUUUUUUUUUUUUGCCUGAGAUGAAACAGUUUCAGCUUAUAAAACGAGGUCUGCCUUUUGGAAAUUUGUAUAUUUUGCAGCUGCUGGACCAAUUAAAAAUCUUGAAAUAGAA